AAUAAAUGGGGUCCCUCGCUAGGCGUCGCCAUACUCCCAGGCCGGAAGUGGUACAUUCUUACCGUCCCGGAGAGAAACAUGACUCAGGAGCCGAGAAUAGAACUGGUUCAAUCUGGAGGGGCCGCUGCCAUGGCGACGCUGCUCCGCCUGUCUCGGCUCUCCGGCCUACUGCCUCGACCCCAGCUAGGCCCCCGUCGCACCGCUUCCGACUCGGCGGCACUCCCGGGCGGCCGCAGUACGGACCUGGGCCUGCUCUACCCAGGCCACAUACCCACCAGCCCGCUCCAGAAAGCGCUGCUGGCGGCUGGGGCCGCCUGCAUGGCGCUGUAUGACCCCUACCGCCACGACAUGGUUGCUGUUCUGGGUGAGACCACAGGACACCAAGCUCUGCAGGCACUAAGGGACCGGAUGAGGAGGGACCCCGAGGGUGCCCAGAUCCUGCAGGAGCGGCCUCGGAUCCACCUCUCUACCCUGGACUUGAACAAACUCCGGACUCUACCAGAGGGCUCCUUUGGUUGGGAGUAUGCCCACUUUCUUGAUGUUAAUAGGGUAUCCCCAGAUACACGAGCUCCCACACGCUUUGUGGAUAAUGAGGAGCUUGCUUACGUGAUCCAGCGUUACCGUGAAGUUCAUGACCUACUCCAUACCCUUUUGGGAAUGCCCACCAACAUGCUUGGAGAAGUUGUGGUUAAGUGGUUUGAAGCUAUCCAGACAGGCCUACCUAUGUGUGUCUUAGGAGCUGCCUUCGGACCCAUCCGACUCAGUGCCAAGAAGCUGAAGGUGUUGAUAUCAGAGCUGAUCCCCUGGGCAGUUCAGAAUGGCCGAAACUCCCGAUGCAUCCUUAGCCUCUACUAUGAACAACGGUGGGAGCAGCCCAUAGGAGCCCUUCGGGAGGAGCUAGGCAUCACUCCACCCCCUAUUGUGUGGACAGGCCGUACUCAGUCCCCAAAGAUCUGAUCCAAUAGUUCAUGCCAACCCUGUGCCAUUGGGUAACAGGCUGCCCUGCCCGGGACCUUUGCACUCUGUACCCUGGGACUUCUAGCCCCAGGUAAAGGAAUGAAGAAAGUUCUAAAAGUGACCUUAAAGGGACAUGUGUAUCCCCUUAUCUCCCAAAAGAGAUAUGGGAAUAAAAGGAAUCUGCUUAUUGUUCAGAAGAAAUCUCUGCAGUAGGCCAGAAGCAAUCCACUACUGCCAUAUAACUGGAAUUGAAUGGGCGCAACACAGAGAAUUCUGUGGAUUUAUCAGGAAUCCAUGGCUCCAUGAAUUUAUUUAAUUUCCUCUGCUUUCCCCUGGAAGAAUCCCUUCUACUUCAUCUUACUUCUCCCGCUCUUUCACCCUUUUCUCUCCCCUUCCCUCCAAGUUCAGGAAUCUUGUAGGGUGGUUUGCACAGGAGAACGGGAUGUCAACUUUCUGGAUCCAGAAGUGGUAUAAGGAGGGGUGUUGGUUCCGUAGUCUAAAUAAAGCCCCAUUUUGGACCCAGA